AUGACCAACCUACUCUUCACUGCUGCCAGUACAGUCAAGGAAGAGCUCGAGAAACUGUUAAACCGUGAAGCGUCCGCGCUUAACAGGGAACUUGAGGUUGAACGGAUCCUCAAAGCUUUCAAACUUAACCCUUACGAAAUCCUCGACAUAGACGAAUCUAUACCAACAGAGCAGGUCAAGAGGCGCUACAGACAACUUUCGCUCUUCAUCCACCCCGACAAGACCCCACACAAACGCGCACCGGAAGCCUUUGAUCUCCUUAAAAAGGCCGAAUCGGAAUUGAGCGAUGAAAAGAAACGUGCAGAAGUUGACGCAACAGUUAUGCAAGCUCGUAACCUCCUCCUCAGGGAGCAUAAACUGCCUACGAACAUUGAAGACACCGACCCUCGUCUAAAGGACCUCAGUCCACCGUUUCGCACCCAACUGCGCCUGAAGUGUAAGGAGAUAAUGAUUGAUGAGGAGGUCCGGAGACGAAAAGCCAUCAAGAUGAACCUCGCAAAUGAAGGUCUUGAAGCCCAACGUCAAGAAGCCGAACAGCUCGCGAAGAAACGCAAAGCUGAGGCAGACAAAGUGUGGGAAGAAACCCGAGAAGAACGAGUCGGCAGUUGGCGCAACUUCGCAUCAGGCUCAAAGAAGAAGAAACAAAAGACAAAGCCAAACGUUCUAGGAUGAAUAUCUGGUCAUCUAUUCCAUCGACCUUCUACCUAGUAGUCUCUGCUCUGCCUUACCCUCUCCUCGCAUUCUUGUUUUUCUAUUAACUAUUCUUGUGCUUAUCUAGAC